UUGCAUGUACUUCAAUGUUCCUUGAUUUGCCGGAUGUUUGGCCAAGGCUCUUCUUUCGAUGUGGUCGCUUUGAGCCGCAGCUUGAAAGGAAAAGACUGGAGACAGGCACUCCACAGGUUCGACGCCUUCUGUGAAGCCCGCGGGCAGCCUGACCUGGUCGCUUUCAACGUUUUAAUCCGCGAUGCUCCCUGGGUCAUGUCGGUGGAACUGAUGCAGGACAUCUUGCCAAUGAGGCCUGACGUGGUGACCAUUAGCACGGUCGUCAAGUGCUGCACUGAGAACUCAGUGUGGCUUCCAAGCACCCGGCUGCUAGCCUUUGCAAGGCAAAGUUCUGUGGAGGUCGACCGAGUGGCCAGGAACUCACUGAUGUUUGGCUUCUGUCAAGGACAAGAAUGGGAGCGCUCUUUGGAGGUUGCUCCGACAGUUGCUGACCUGUACACCAAAGACGGCCUGGUCAUGGCUGUAGCACGCGGCUUGCGCUGGACCUUGGCCUUGUGCUUGAGGUCAGAGAGCCAGAUCGGCCAUACAGCCUUACUUGGCACCUUCUCCAAGGGUGAGAAGUGGCAGCUAGCUCUUGAUUUGCUGCAAUCUGCAGGCACUUGCCGCUCAAGCGCUGACUCGCAGGUGUGUGCAAGCGCUUUGUUUGCUCUUCAAGGGCGUUGGCGACGGGUGUUGGGCCUAUUGCCGAGCAGGAAGGUCAUAUCCCCGAACCUGCUGGAGGCUGCCUUGCAGGCCUGCGCUGCAGCCAUGCAACGGGGGCAGGCAGCACGUCUCUUCCAGCAGCUGUCAAGUCCCAGCAUCACUGCCUUCAAUGCACUUUUGGCAGCCUGCGGAGUGGGUCUCCUCGGCAGCUUGGCAAGAAGCGAUUUGGUUGCUUACAAGGCUAGAGGCUCCCUUCAGAUGAGCUUUGGUGAGCCACCAUACCGGCUUGACCAAGUGCUGCCAGAAGAACAGGCGACUGCCAGACCCAGCUGCGUCAGUUUGUUGGCUGCAGCAAAGAACCCUUUGGCACGCCCUGUACUGUCUCGCCUGCAAAACUACGUGCAAACGGGGCCAGCAAAGGAGGUCAAUGCAAUGGUCUCUGCCGUGGACCUUCUUGAGGAACGGGAUGGAUGGGAUGCUUGCACUGAAGGUGCUUGGCAGCGCCGUGUCCGUGCACUUCAAGUGGCUGCGGUGGUGAAACUGCAACGAGGAACAUGCCGCAGUCCUGGCAGAGCUUUGCGUUUGAGAAACCGCAUCCUGGAGCAACAACACUCGUUGGGAAAACGUGGUACCGAACUUGCCCUGGAGGCAGGUGGCAGCAGAGCUUGUGGGCAAUGGGCCCUGCGGGCUCGGCAGCGUCUCCGUACCGAGCUAGGCAGCACAGCCAGAUUGAAGGCUUCAGGUCAGAUGGCCUACUUGGCUUAUCAUGGAGCGCUUGAAGGCUUUGAAGGUGUGCUCGGCCCUGGGCAGCUGGGCCGAGGGCGCGCUCUCUUGCCCAUUUUUGUGGAACAUGACCGUGCAUUGCAUCCAGAGCGGCAGGCAUUGCUCAUGGCCCUGGCUGCACUAAAGGAUCAGAAGGCAAACAUCUUGUGGCCGACUGUCAGCAGCGUCUCGAAAAGACAGCAAAGGCACAGAGCUUUGGGUUUUUCUGUGGACUUCCAGUACUUCCUUCGCAGGAGUCGGAAUACAAGGUCAUUCACCUUGCUCCAUGUUCAGCUGCCAGGUCAUGUGACUGAUUCAGAGUUUGUGCUGUCGCAGUUUCUGCUGGUCACUGACCCAAGCUGCUUGAUGCGCGGCAGUAGAAGCAAGUGCUUUGGCUCGUGAAGACAGGCUGCAACAUCCUUAUACACUGGCCAGAUGAAAGUUGCGCUUGUUGAUGUUGAAGCUCUUGACAGCCCUAUCCCCCUUGAAUCCUACACGAUGAGACAAGGGAAGGUGUGGGCGAUCAUUUGUGAGCUGUUUUUGACUAUUCAAAACGGCGUGAUAAUUGACCGUCCCACACCUGCCACGAAAAUCAGACUUGUUAAGUCGAUUCGCCGCUGACCUCAGAGUGUUUUUGUAAGACGGCUGACAAGCAUAAACUUUUGUUUGCCUGAAGUAUACCUGUUCCGAAGACAUAGACUUAGACACCUACAAGCCUUGAGGGAGGAGAGACAAGCCUAAAGUUUCUAUUCAUGAGGAACUCCGAAGUAGAAAAGGUCAGAAGCGACAGUCAAACGGGUGCGCGUCGACAUUGAACUCACCAGGCCUUUUGGCUCAAGGAGUAUCGCCAGGUGAGUUCUAUCAUG